AUGUCUGAAGCUAUGAGCAUCAUUGACGCAGCCGCUGCAAGAACCAAGGAAACAAUGUCAGAGCUCACAAACGUGAUCAAUGGCUCGCUUGCUUGGUCAGGAGAUGAUUUCAAAGAUGAAGAAGCAUACACCUUGCAACUUCACAAAGAGGAACUCCAAGAAGUUGAUGCGGCUCUUCAAAACUUCAAAUCCCUUGGUCUUGACGGGGAUGAAGUAGACAAGCAUAACUUUCCUUUGCCUAUGCUUGCACCGCAACUUGCCCAGUGUGCCAAAGAUAUUCACGAAGGGCACGGAUUCUUCGUUGUUAGAGGUCUUGAUGAAUUAAGAUACCCUGUCGAAGAUAGCACUGUCAUCUACUUGGGCAUAGCCAGCUAUGUUGCUGAUAAAAGAGGACUACAGGAUAAGAAAGGAACCGUGCUCACACACGUCACCAAUUCGAAAUCAUGGACAGUUCCGAUUGAAAGGCGCCACGGAAUUCAUUCCAAUCAAGCUCUGCCUUAUCACAAUGACAUGGGAUGUGAUAUCCUAGCUCUUCAAGUUCGGCACAGCGCAGAAAAAGGGGGGUAUACGUACCUAAGCUCAGUCAGCAGAGCUUUCAAUGAAUUGCUCUCUGAAGCUCCCUCAGCGGCAUCGACUUUAUUAACUCCAGAAUGGCCUGUGCAAAUUUCAGGCCGUGAACCAAAUUAUUACUUGGCGCCUGCUCUCACGAUCCAUGACGGCAGAUUGAUGGCAAGCAUGGAUCCAAAUCGAUUCGGACCUCAUCCAUCGUACGGAUCAUCCAACGUGCCAAGUUUAACGGCGUCACAGCUAUUGGCUCUUGAAAAAAUAUCAAAUGCCGCCUAUCGCACAGAGCUACGGCUUGAUCUUAAAACAGGAGAUAUCCUAUUCUUCAACAACUGGGCCUUGCUCCAUCGACGCGAUGCUUAUAGAGACAGUGAUGAUACCUCCCGCCACAUGGUCAGACUUUGGCUACGAAAUUCGGAGCUAGGCUGGUCAGUUCCAGACUCCUUACUGCAGCCAUGGUUUGCUGCUUAUGGAGAAAAUGGAGUUCGAGACAGGCUCUACCCCUUGGUUCCAUCACCAGAAUACAAACUGCCCAAAUAUUCUGCGGGCUCCGCAGCAUUUGUGAUUGAGGACAGCGAUCUUUCUGAUUCCGAGUAG